GCGGGCGCGCUCCACACCCCCGGCCGGCCCAGCCAGCCAGCGAGUCCGGAGCCCGGGCGUCCAUGGGGCGCCGCUUCCACCCGGCUCCCACCUCGACCACAACCGCUGCCUGCGGCGUUCGCCUGUGCUGACCUGGUACUUGGGACUUCGAGAGAGGAUCGGGCGGCCGGGAGAGGUGUUGUGGAGCAGGAUGGCUGAACAACUCCUUCCUCUGGCUUUGUAUUUGAGCAAUAUGCGGAAAGCUGUGAAGAUCAGAGAGAGGACUCCAGAAGAUAUUUUUAAACCUACCAAUGGGAUCAUUUAUCAUUUUAAAUCCAUGCACCGAUACACACUGGAAAUGUUCAGAACUUGCCAGUUUUGUCCACAAUUUCGGGAGAUCAUCCAAAAAGCCCUCAUUGACAGAAACAUCCAGGCCUCCCUGGAAAGCGAGAAGAAGCUCAACUGGUGUCGAGAAGUCAGGAAGCUUGUGGCCCUGAAAACAAAUGGUGAUGGAAACUGCCUGAUGCACGCUGCUUCUCAGUACAUGUGGGGGGUUCAGGACACAGACCUGGUCCUGAGGAAGGCGCUCUUCAGCACUCUCAAGGAGACGGACACACGCAACUUUGAAUUCCGCUGGCAGCUGGAGUCUCUUAAAUCUCAGGAAUUUGUGGAAACGGGGCUUUGCUACGACACUCGGAAUUGGACCGAUGAGUGGGACAACCUUAUCAAAAUGGCAUCCACAGACACCCCAGGAGCCCGAAGUGGCCUUCAGUAUAAUUCACUGGAAGAAAUACACAUAUUUGUCCUUUGCAACAUUCUCAGAAGGCCGAUCAUUGUCAUUUCAGACAAAAUGCUGAGAAGUUUGGAAUCGGGUUCCAAUUUCGCUCCUUUGAAGGUGGGCGGAAUUUACUUGCCUCUCCAUUGGCCUGCCCAGGAAUGCUACAGAUACCCCAUCGUUCUCGGCUAUGACAGCCAACACUUUGUACCCCUGGUGACCCUGAAGGACAGUGGGCCUGAAAUCCGAGCUGUUCCACUUGUUAACAGAGAGCGAGGAAGAUUUGAAGACUUAAAAGUUCACUUUUUGACAGAUCCUGAAAAUGAGAUGAAGGAGAAGCUCUUGAAAGAGUACUUGAUGGUGAUAGAAAUCCCAGUUCAAGGCUGGGACCAUGGCACCACCCAUUUGAUUAAUGCUGCAAAGUUGGAUGAAGCUAACUUGCCAAAAGAAAUCAACCUGGUAGAUGAUUACUUUGAACUUGUCCAGCACGAGUACAAGAAGUGGCAGGAGAACAAAGAGCAGGGGCGGAGAGAGCUGCACGCUCAGAAUCCUUUGGAACCUUCUGUUCCCCAGCUUUCUCUCAUGGAUGUAAAAUGUGAAACACCCAACUGUCCUUUCUUCAUGUCUGUGAACACCCAGCCUUGGUGCCAUGAAUGCGCAGAGAGGCGGCAAAAGAACCCAAACAAAUCCCCAAAGCUGAACUGCAAGCCGGGACCUGAUGUGAUGCUUGGCGCCUCUAGAGGCGAGGCCUAUGAGCCCACGGCCUGGGGCCCAGAGGAGCCUGCUGGGGGCCCUCAUUCAGCCCCUCCAACAGCGCCCAGCCUUUUCCUGUUCAGCGAGACCACCGCUAUGAAGUGCAGGAGCCCUAACUGCCCUUUCACAUUGAACGUGCAGCACAAUGGAUUCUGUGAGCGUUGCCACAAUGCGCGGCAACUGAAUAUGGGCCACAUCUCGGACAAGAGGCAUUUAGAUCCUGGUAAGUGCCGAGCCUGCCUCCAGGAUGUCACCAGGACAUUUAAUGGGAUCUGCAGUACUUGCUUCAAAAGGACUACGACAGAGUCCUCCUCGAACCUCAGCUCCAGCAUCCCUCCUUCCUGCCAUCAGAGGUCCAAGUCGGACCCGUCGCAGCUCUUCCAGAGUCUCUCCCCACAUUCUUGUCACAGAGCUGGGAGUGAGGUCCCCUCUGGCUGCCUCUCUCAGGCCGCAAGGACUCCAGGGGACAGGAUAGGGACAAGCAACUGCAGAAAAGCUGGCUGCAUGUAUUUUGGGACUCCAGAAAACCAGGGCUUUUGCACGCUGUGUUUCAUCGAGUACAGAGAAAAUAAAUAUUUUGUUGCUGCCUCGGGGAAAGCCAGUCCCACAGCCUCCAGGUUCCAGAAUGCGGUCCCCUGCCUAGGAAGGGAAUGUGGCACCCUGGGAAGCACCAUGUUGGAAGGAUACUGUCAGAAGUGUUUCAUUGAAGCUCAAAAAAAGAGACUUCGUGAAGCCAAAAGGACUGAAGAGCAACUGAGAAUGAGCCAGCGCAGAGAUGUGCCUCGAACCACGCAGAGCGCCUCCAGGCCCAAGUGCGCCCGGGCCUCUUGCAAGAACAUCCUGGCCUGCCGCAGUGAGGAGCUCUGCAUGGAGUGCCGGCACCGGGCCGAGCCAGCUCCUGAAGAGCCCCCCAAGCAGCGCUGCCGGGCCCCCGCCUGCGAUCACUUUGGCAACACCAAGUGCAACGGCUACUGCAAUGAGUGCUUUCAGUUCAAGCAGAUGUACGGCUAACCGGAGACAGGUGAGCCAGCUGCAGCCGGUCGCCAACAUGGUGCUAUGUACUCAAAACACUCUGGAUGCCACUGGAGGCUCAGUCCCAGCAACAGUAGGCUGGACGGUGUCUUUGAGCAGGAGAGGAAAGAUAAGCUCUGGGUCAUGGCCUGGAAUUUGGUAACCAGGGGACAUUCCCAGGUGGCCUUCGAGCAGAGCUCGAGACUGGCAGCAGAUGGUGUCGGAUUCAGCCCCGGGCCAUUGCUCCUCUCCGAGGGGAAGGCCAGGACCUUUAUGGACUUGGAAUGCGUGCCAGGACUGCGUCAUCAUCUUUCGAGAAGAGGGAAAAGACACACAGUCAGAGCCUCUCCACCUGCCCUCAAUUGGCAGUGCUCAGAGACGGGAAGCUGAAGUCUCGUGACCCACAGGCCCUCGCGAGAAGCUCAGGAGGCUCAGGGAAAACAGAUAUUUUCAGUAGUUAGUGGUUUUUCCCUGACUUGUUCUUUUCCCAUGGACUGUGAUUCUGAGGCUGCUGAGACUGAGUAAGUUCAUACUGAAAAGCAAACCAGCUGCUCUUUACCAUAUGUACUUGUAAAAAUCAGAAUAUUUUAGUGGGAAGAUGUGUAACUCUUGGUUAUCACCAUCUUCACUUCUAAAGAGGUUAGCUCAACUGAGGUGUACAUUAAAAUGUGUACAUAUAUAAUGUGCCCUUAUGUAUAAGGGAUUUUUUGUUUUCUUUAAUGUUGAAAUGCUGCCCUAGAGAUGUAAGACUAAUAUCAAUAACCUGUUUUCUGGUUGUUGUUAGGGCACCAUCUGCAUACGUAGGUUUCAUGAACUCAACCUGCUACUUUGUUAAAGGCUCACGUCUGUCGAGUUCUCUUUAUUUAUUUUAUUACAAAUGUAAAGUUUAUUUAAAUGAAGAUGUUUUUUUUUCUGCUCUGUGAAGAACACUGGAGUGUCUUCUUGAGAUAAUGUAUUUGCUUUGGGUCAUGUGGAGCCAGGCAAGUUCCUGACUGCAGUGGGGGAGGCGGCAUCUCUGACGCACUUCCAUGGCCUUCCCUAGGAGAGAAGGAAUGGCGUCAGUAGUCAGUGUGUUAAAAUCUCAUGCUGCUGCUUAAUGAAACUUUGGCCAGAGCCACUCCCCAGCCACAAUAUUUAAUUGCCUCUCAGUAUCCUACCUCCUUAGAGAUGAGCUUGGAAAGCAGCAGGGGUGAGAUUGGAGAAGGUAAAGAUGUGGCCUGUGAUGAUGGUUUGAUUUGCUGUGUUCACGCUGUGUCCCCGGUGCUGGGCAGUGUCCUCGCGUCCAGUGACACCUUAGCAUUGGGACAGCAAAACCCUAUAACCAUGAGGAUAUGUCUUUCUAUCCUUGGUCUGCAGUUUCUCUGUGUGUUACUGUCGUACUUGUUCUAGAAAAAAAAAGGAGGGGAAACAUGUUGUCCCCAGAGGUAAAGGCUGCCAUUUUAUUUAUUUUUUUGGUCUGGACGUAACACCAGAAAAUAUUGGCAACCUAUAAUUCUACAUGGUCUCGACAUGGUUUCCACUUGGGUCAUCGUAAAUCUUUUCCUCGACAUAAAUCUUUAUAAUUUUUUUCUAAAGAUUUCAAAUAAACUUCAGUGUUUUUAUCUAAUUCUUUUAAGUUGAUAUUGUAAUAGUUUGUGUAUAUCAAUAUUCUCAUUUUUAAUGUGAAAAAAAUGGAGUUAUUUAUACUUAUUAUAAAAAACAUUUGAAAUUUGCACAUUUAGUUGUCCCUAGUAGAAUUCUGUUUACUC